AUGUUGUCGAGCACGGAUAUUUCGCAUUGCUUAGAUGCAUUGUCCAAUGAUAUACUUUUGUGUUCUACAAAUCAAGAUGUUGAUGAUUGUUUACAAAGUUUUCAAACUAUUGUUGAUAAAGUUGCAUCUCCAUUGUUUAAAAAGGCAGUUCGGAAACGUACUGAAAAUGAUAGUAAUGGCUCAUUUCAAAAUAAUAAUAUUUGGUAUAAUAACGAAUGCUGUGAAAAGAAAGAUGUAUUUUUAAAUUUAUUGAAUGGAUAUAGAAGUGAUCCAAAUGAUGUCAACAGAAUUAAUAUGGUGCAAGCACGGUCAAUAUACAAAAAUACUUUAAGAAAAUGCCGGUAUAAUUUUGAUAAAGAAAAAACAUCAAAACUUGUUAAUGCUAGGUUUAAGAAUGCACGAUUGUAUUGGAAUAUGUUGAAAGAAUCUGCUGGCGUUAAAAACGCAAAUAUACCUUUGUCAUCUUUUGAAAUGUAUUUUAAGUCAAUAAAUAAUCCAGAAGAUAGAUUUUUUACACCAGAUGAUGUGUUAAACUUUAUAGAGCGUUAUGAGCACAAUGAAUUUAAAGUUAUGUUUGCAGAAUUAAAUGAACAUAUUUCUUUUGAUGAAAUAUAUAGGGCAAUUAAACAACUUAAGACUAAUAAGUCUGGGGGCCCAGAUUAUUUGUUAAAUGAAUUCUUUAUUGCUGGUGGAAAUGUAUUUAUACCUGUUUUACAUAAACUUUUUAAUAGAUUGUUCGAUAUAGGCUACUUUCCCGAGUCAUGGUCUGAGGGUUACAUUAUACCUUUACAUAAAAAGGGAAACGUUAACAAUGUGGAUAAUUAUCGUGGAGUUACAUUAUUGAGUUGUUUAGGCAAGCUUUUUACACAUAUACUUAAUAACAGACUUAGAAAUUGGGCUGAAGAAUACAACGUGUAUGUCGAAGCUCAGGCUGGAUUUCGCGCUCAUAUGAGUACCAUAGAUAAUGUAUUUGUAUUACAUGGCUUAAUAAACCAUAUGUUAAACCAAGGAAAACAAUUAUAUGCUUUAUUUGUUGACUUUUCAAAAGCUUUUGACUAUGUAGUGAGAGAAAAUUUAUGUGGUGGUUCUUUAACUACAGCACAGAGUACACUAUCUGGACAAGCUCAGAAAGCUAUAUUUAAGUUAAAUAAGUAUUUAUACAAAUUUACAUACAUUACUCCUAAGCAUAAAUUAGAUUUAUUUGAUAAAUUAGUAGCCCCUAUUUUGAAUUAUGGAAGUGAAGUGUGUGGCUUCGCCAAAGAUUUGUCCAUUGAAAGAUUAAACAAAGGUUAUAUGAUCAGUUCAGACACAAUUGGCACGAGAGAUUAG